CAUCCUUUUGCUUUGAUGUGUGUACAGCCUCUCCCUCUGGGCGGGAUUGAGAGCAAGGCAGUCGGGGAGGGGCCUGCUUCCAGGAAGAAGCAUCUAAAGGCCUGUGAGCUGCCUGGGAAGUCAGUUCUGUCGGCAGCAGCUUCAUCACAGCCAUCGUUUACGGGCGCUUGGCACCGGCUCCGGGCCGGUGCUAUAGGAAAAAACACUGAAGUCUGGCGGAGGGCUUGUAGGCCGCAGCCACCAUGCACGACGCGUUUGAGCCUGUCCUCAUACUGGAGAAACUUCCCCUGCAAAUUGAGUGUCUGGCAGCCUGGGAAGAAUGGCUUCUUGUUGGAACAAAACAAGGACACCUGCUUCUAUACAGGGUCAAGAAGGAGCAGGGCUGCAACCAGUUUGAAGUAACUUUGGAGAAAUCAAACAAGAACUUUGCCAAGAAAAUACAGCAGAUUCAUGUUGUUCCUCAGUUUAAGAUCCUGGUCAGUCUUCUUGAUAAUAAUGUUUGUGUGCACGACUUGUUAACCUUCCAGUUAAUUACCACAAUUUCAAAGGCAAAGGGAGCUUCUCUGUUGUCUUGUCACCUCCAGAAGUCCAGACCUGGAGAGGAAGUGCUGAAGAUGUGUGUGGCUGUCAAGAGAAAACUGCAGUUAUAUUUCUGGAAAGACCGCGCUUUCCAUGAGCUACAGGGUGACUUUAGUGUUCCGGAUGUUCCCAAAUCUAUGGCAUGGUGUGAGAACUCCAUCUGUGUGGGAUUUAAACGUGAUUAUUACUUAAUCAGGGUUGAUGGGAAAGGCUCCAUUAAAGAGCUGUUCCCCACAGGCAAGCAGCUGGAGCCACUGGCAGUACCACUGCAGGAUGGAAAGGUGGCAGUGGGACAGGAUGACUUAACAGUGGUUUUGAACGAAGAAGGGACGUGUACUCCAAAAUGUGCUCUGAACUGGACUGACAUCCCAAUGGCGAUGGAGCAUCAGCCUCCAUAUAUAAUUGCCGUCUUGCCCCGAUAUGUGGAAGUCCGGACAUUUGAACCACGCCUGUUGGUGCAGAGCAUCGAGUUACAGAGACCUCGUUUUGUUACAUCUGGAGGACCCAAUAUUGUAUAUGUGGCCAGCAAUCACUUUGUCUGGAGGUUGGUUCCAGUGUCUAUUGCCGCACAGAUACAGCAGCUGUUACAGGACAAGCAGUUUGAACUUGCUCUGCAAUUAGCGAGGAUGAAGGACGACUCAGACGGAGAAAAGCUACAGCAAAUCCAUCACAUCCAAAAUCUUUAUGCCUUUAAUUUAUUCUGCCAGAAGCGCUUUGAAGAAUCCAUGCAGGGUUUUGCCAAGCUUGGAACAGAUCCUACCCAUGUUAUUGGAAUGUACCCAGAUCUGCUACCGUCUGAUUACAGGAAGCAGCUUCAGUACCCUAACCCUGUUCCUGCCCUUUCUGGGGCAGAAUUGGAAAAGGCUAGCCUGGCACUUAUAGAUUAUUUGACACAGAAAAGAAGCCACCUGGUUAAAAAGUUAAAUGACUCUGACCACCAGUCCUCCACAUCUCCUCUCAUGGAAGGAACUCCAACCAUCAAAUCCAAGAAAAAGCUCCUGCAGAUCAUAGACACCACUCUACUAAAGUGCUACCUGCAUACUAACGGCGCUCUCGUUGCAUCACUCCUGCGGCUGGAAAACAAUCACUGCCAUGUUGAGGAAAGUGAACAUGUCCUAAAGAAGGCACACAAGUACAGUGAGCUCAUCAUCCUUUAUGAAAAGAAGGGACUGCAUGAAAAGGCAUUGCAGGUCCUAGUAGAUCAGUCGAAAAAAGCCAACUCGCCACUGAAGGGCCAUGAAAGGACAGUGCAGUAUCUGCAGCACCUUGGGGAGGAGAACAUUUCCUUAAUUUUUGAAUACUGUGGUUGGGUGCUGCGGAAUCAUCCAGAGGACGGACUUAAGAUAUUUACAGAGGAUCUGCCUGAAGUGGAAAGUCUCCCUCGGAAACCUGUCCUAGAUUUUUUAUUGGAAAACUUCAUUGACCUGGCAGUUCCAUACUUGGAACAUGUCAUCCUGACGUGGGAAGACCGGGUUUCAGAAUUCCACAACUGUCUGAUUAAACUCUAUUGCGAGAAGGUUCAGAAACUGAUGAAAGCUCUGCCAACAGGUCCUGCAAUCAACGAAGUGGGGGGCCGUGGUUCAGUGCCUGCUGGUAAAGAGUUGGGAGAACUGGGAGAAUUCCGCAGAAAACUCUUGGAUUUCCUAGAUAUAUCAGACUGCUACCAGCCAGAACAAUUGAUAAGCCACUUCCCAUUUGAUGGCUUGCUGGAGGAGAGGGCUCUCCUUCUGGGCCGGAUGGGCAAACAUGAGCAAGCUUUGUUUAUUUAUGUGCACAUCCUUGAGGAUACCAACAUGGCAGAGCAAUACUGCCACAAACACUAUGACCCUAGGAAGGAAGGUAACCGAGAUGUUUAUCUCUCCUUAAUUCGGAUGUACCUGUCCCCACCUGAUGUUCAUUGUCUAGGUCCCAUAAAGAUAAAACUGGAGGAGCCAAAGCCUAACCUUGCGGCAGCAUUAGCAGUUCUGGAACAACAUCAUGGAAAACUGAACACUACCAAGGCGAUAAACUUGCUCCCAGAAGACACUAAAAUAAAGGAGAUUCAGAUUUUUCUGGAGAAAGUUCUUGAGGAAAAUGCCCAGAGAAGAAGGUUCAACCAAGUUCUUAAGAAUCUGCUUCACUCAGAGUUCCUAAGGGCUCAAGAAGAAAGGAUUUCUCAUCAGCAAGUGAAAUGUGUUAUUACAGAAGAAAAGGUUUGCAGUGUGUGCAAAAAGAAGAUUGGAAACAGUGCCUUCGCUCGGUAUCCAAAUGGGGUGGUCGUGCAUUAUUUCUGUGCCAAGGACGUCAGUGCAGUUGACACAUGAACACCUUCUCAAGGAAUAAAUUUACUUGUUAUCACAGUGACUGGAGACAUUCAAAAAUGUUUUGGUGAAUCUAGUUAUCAGGCUGGGUAUCUUCCUUUCAUCUCUGCAGACUUGAAACUCAAUGGUUCUUACUUACUGAGAGAGUGUAUUGGGAACAUGUAUGAGAAGCUUUCAGAUGCACAAUGCAAUUAUCAGUAACAUCAUGUGCUGCAGCUGGUCAUGUUGCUGGGACCGAACAUGCAGGAAAAUCUCACCAGACAAAGUUUAUAUCCGCUGACAAUCUUAAGAAACAAAAGUCACCACGCCCUGCCUGUUGGUCAUGAAAGGGGAACUCCACAAAAACAUAACUUAAGCUUUUUGAAAAGUAAACAUGAUUUCAAGCAACUUUGCAAUAUACAUCAAUUUAAAAAUA